GUUAGCCUCUUCCUGCCCAGUGUCAUUAGUACAGUGUCAGUGCUUUUUAUUAGCACUGAUCACUGUAUUAGUGUCACUGGAGAUGUCAGUGGCAUGACAGUCAGUUCCCCCCCAGUGUCAGAAUGCCUGCCGUAGUCCUGCUAUUAGUUGCUGAUCGCCGCUAUUACUAGUAUAAAUUUUUUUUUAAAAUUCCAGUAUAUAUACCGCCAUUUGUAGACUCAAAAACUUUCACAUAAACAAAUUAAUAUACUUGUAUUGCAAUUUUU